AUGUUUCGAGCCUCAGCUGCAGGCCCUUACGACGAUGUCGUCAUCAAGGCGACUGACGAAAGCUUCACCUCUGAGGACUGGGGCGCUAUUAUCGAGGUCUGCGACAAGGUCUCUGGCGACCAAAACGGCCCUAAGGAGGCCGUCCAGAGCAUCAUCAGGCGCAUCGCGCAUCGCAACGCAAAUGUCCAGCUUUACACCCUCGAGCUCGCCCAUGCGCUUGCGCAAAACUGCGGUAAGAACAUGCACCGCGAACUGUCUAGCCGCGCCUUCACCGACGCCCUCCUCCGUCUCGCCAACGACCGUAACACGCACACACAAGUCAAAUCCAAGAUCAUCGAGCACAUGAAGAGCUGGUCCGAAAUGUUUAGCGAUGACCCCGAACUGGGCAUCAUGAGUGAGGCCUACCACCGUGUCACACGAAGCAACCCAAACCUCCAGCCCCCGAGUGCGCCCCAAAAGCAGGGUCUCACCGACCUGGAUCGCCAGAAGGAGGAGGAUGAGCUGCAGAUGGCACUCAAGCUGAGUCUACAGGAGGAGGAGCGCAAGAAGGUUGCCGCCGCCGGCCCAAGCACACAAGCCGGACCCAGUGCUCAGACAGAGAGUCCCGCCCCUCCCGUGCCCGCCGGCACCACAGCUGCCACCGUUAGCCGAGUGCGUGCCCUCUUCGACUUUGUGCCUUCGGAACCUGGUGAGCUCGAGUUCAAGAAGGGUGAUAUAAUUGCGGUUCUGGAAAGCGUUUACAAGGACUGGUGGAGGGGCUCUCUCAGAGGCAAGACGGGUAUCUUCCCACUCAACUAUGUUGAAAAGCUGGCCGACCCCACGCCGGACGAGUUGCAGCGCGAGGCUCAGAUGGAAUCAGAGGUGUUUGGCGAGAUCAAGAAUGUCGAGAAGCUGCUCACUUUGCUGAGCACCUCCAACACGGCACCCAGAGAUGAGGAUAAUGAGGAGAUUGGCAAGCUAUAUCACCAGACUCUCGCUAUUCGGCCAAAGCUUAUCAAGCUGAUCGAGAAGUACUCGCAGAGGAAGGAUGACUUCACACAACUGAACGAGAAGUUUAUCAAGGCGUGCCGAGAUUAUGAGGCUCUGCUCGAGUCUUCCAUGGCUCAUCCUCCUCAGCCUAACUAUCAGCAGUAUGCCAUGCGGCCAGGUCCACCAGGUCAAGGCUAUCCCCAGCCCGGCGGAUAUCCUCCUCAAGGAGCGCCUCCACAGGACCCAGCACGAUACUAUACUCCCGGACCAGGAGACCGCCCUCAGUAUCAGGCUUCAUCUCCUCCACCCAACUUCCAAAACCAGGGCCAGAACCCCCAAGCACCCUUCUAUGUAGCUGGAGCUGAAGUCCCUCCUGGCUCGCAGCACUUCCCCCCUAGAGACGAGGCUCCCGCUGGCGGCAAACAGCCUGCUCCCAUCAGCACCUCUCCCGCCCAGAACUACGCUCCCUACUCUCAUCCUCCCCAAGGCGCCAACCCCUAUGCUCAAGGCCCCGUAGGUGGUCGACCAGGCAGCACGUAUGGAGCUCAGGAGUUGGCAACAUCAGUUUACGACUCACCUAUUGCAACCAACAACCCAGCCUCGACAUACCCGGGCCCUGCAUACUCGCCUGAUGAGACAGCCGACAAUGCUACAGCACCACCAGGCCCCUAUACCUCCCAGCAACAGCAGCAACCUCAGUACCAAAGCUACAACCCUCAUGGCCAAGCACCCCCUGCUCCCACCGGUUCUGCCCCUCCCCCGCCUCAGAGCGUCAUGACGCCUCCUCCUCUGCAACCCGGAAACGCUGCUGCUUACGAUGCCCGCCAUGGUCUCCCUAGCCAGAGUGGUGGUGCUGGCGGCGGUCAGCCUCAGUACAAGCCCUAUGUUCCGCCUGGUGAUGGACCCUCUGCCCCAGCACCGGACAGCUAUUACCAGAGCGGUGGUGUGUACUAG